UCGUGGCUUCUUACGCAACAACGCCAUUCAAACUUUGUGAUUACAUUCAGGGAAGCAAUGGCAUGGAGAGGACAUCUUUCAAAGAACAUAAGGGAGCUUAGGUUUUUGAUGUGCCAGUCGUCACCUGCAAGCUCACCUGCAAGGAUAUUUGUGGAAAAGAACUAUAAGGAACUCAAGACUUUGAACCCGAAAUUUCCAAUACUGAUCCGUGAAUGCAGUGGAGCGGAACCCCAACUAUGGGCAAGAUAUGAUUUUGGUGUUGAGAAAGGAAUCAAACUGGAAGGCUUGUCGGAGGCACAGAUCUCCAAGGCACUUGAAGAUUUGGUGAAAGCUGGAGAGUCCUUGAAAGCCUGAUAUUGCACCUUCUCAGCCAUCUGAAAUUGAAUAAUGCUCUCAUGCUGCACUUCUAAUUGAAGAUUACAUUUGCUUUUUAAUAAUUUAGAUGUAUUCCCCUUUUAAAAGUGUAAUGUUAUCUGACUCGGUCUGUCUCUCUGUAUCUUAUAGUCAUUUCAAGUAUGAUUCUGUUCUUGUCAGGGAAAAAAAGAAAAAGAAAAAGAAGGUAUCAUCCUAUUAUGUUGAUAGUCCUGGGUUCUGCAUGUUGAGCACACUUGUGAUGAGAGAUUUAUUAAGAACUCAGAUUUAAAUUUUCAUGUAUUCA